UAUGUGAAAUAUGAUGAGUUUGAAUGCUUAGUCGAUCUUGUCGCCCAGAAUCCAUCGGUUAUACACCAAGUCGAUCAGAACAAACAAACGUUGUUGCAUCACGCGGCGUCAACGGGGAACUUGAAGAUCGUUAAGUUUCUGGUGGCAAACAAUGCUCAGUUUAAUGAAGUUGACAACCGUGGAAACUUGCCACUUCACCUGGCAAUAAUGAGCGAACACAAAAGCGCUGCAAAAUUUCUUCUGAGUAUUGGGUCAGAGGCCCGUCUUCCGAACAAAAAUGGACUUCAACCGAUUCACUUGGCUGCCGAAAGAAAUGACAAGGAUACUUUGAAGAUACUUCUCAAAAUCAGCGAAAUUGACGUGAAUGCUGAAGGCGAACGGGGGGCCAGUCCUUUACACUACUGCUGCCAGAGAGACAGCGUCGAUUGUUUACAAUUAUUGCAUAAUGUUUUCGGACAAAUGAGGACUGUCUGCACAUACCUUGACGGACUGCAGUGCCUAGCUGAGAAGCUUUCGGCUGCUGCCCCAUUGUUCGGCCCAAAUAGCAACGCGUGGAAGACCGUUGACCUGCACGAACCUACGCCGAAGAGUCCUUAA